CAAGCACUUGUUAGCCACGCUCACCAUGCUGAAGUUCGUGAUCCUGUUGUCCGCCGUUGCCUGCGCCCUGGGAGGCACCAUCCCCGAGGGUCUCCUGCCCCAGCUGGAUGGUCGCAUCGUCGGCGGCUCGGCCACCACCAUCAGCAGCUUCCCCUGGCAGAUCUCCCUGCAGCGCUCGGGAUCCCACUCCUGCGGUGGCUCCAUCUACUCCGCCAACAUCAUCGUGACCGCCGCCCACUGCCUGCAGUCCGUUUCUGCUUCCGUUCUGCAGGUCCGCGCCGGAUCCACCUACUGGAGCUCCGGCGGCACCGUCGCCAAGGUCGCCGCCUUCCGCAACCACGAGGGCUACAAUGCCAACACCAUGGUCAACGAUAUUGCUGUGAUCCGGCUGAGCAGCUCCCUGAGCUUCAGCUCCAAUGUGAAGGCCAUCAGCCUGGCUAGCUACAACCCAGCUAAUGGAGCCAGCGCCGCCGUCUCCGGCUGGGGCACCCAGUCCUCCGGCUCCAGCUCCAUCCCCUCCCAGCUGCAGUACGUCAACGUGAACAUCGUCAGCCAGUCGGUGUGCGGUUCCUCCGCCUACGGAUACGGUAGCCAGAUCAGGAGCACCAUGAUCUGCGCUGCUGCCAGCGGCAAGGACGCCUGCCAGGGUGACUCCGGUGGCCCUCUGGUCUCCGGUGGACAGCUUGUGGGUGUUGUCUCCUGGGGAUACGGCUGCGCCUACUCCAACUACCCCGGAGUCUACGCCGAUGUGGCUGUGCUCCGCACCUGGGUGAUCAGCACUGCUAACAGCAUCUAAGCGGAUAACCCUUGGGUUGGAUAUGUCAAAUUCCUUCAAUAAAGCUUUGUAAUACAGAACAUAAAA